UCGUUUGUUUUUUUUUUUUUUUUGGAAUCUUUUUUUAUCCUUUUCGCUUUUUUUUUCAAAAAAAAAAAAUCCUUUUUUUCCUCUGUGGCACCCAGAUCUCUGAUUUCCUGGCUUUUUGCUUCAUUUUCUUAACAAGUUCAUCGGAAAAGAGAACUUUCAGGGAGAAAGAUGGCAGCACCCUCAAAACCUACGAGAAUAGGCCUUGCUGGUUUGGCUGUCAUGGGCCAGAAUUUGGCCCUCAACAUUGCAGAAAAAGGAUUCCCCAUUUCCGUAUAUAAUAGAACUACCUCCAAAGUUGAUGAGACUGUUGAGCGAGCUAAGCAGGAGGGUAAUCUUCCUGUAUUUGGCUUCCAUGAUCCUGAAUCUUUUGUCAAUUCAAUUCAGAAACCUAGGGUUGUAAUCAUGCUUGUCAAGGCCGGGGCUCCUGUUGACCAAACUAUAAAGACCCUCUCUGCUUACUUGGAGAAAGGGGACUGUAUAAUUGAUGGUGGUAAUGAGUGGUAUGAAAACACUGAGAGGAGAGCGAAAGCCACGGCUGAAUUGGGUCUUCUUUACCUUGGAAUGGGAGUUUCAGGUGGUGAAGAGGGUGCUCGAAAUGGACCCUCUUUGAUGCCUGGUGGAUCCUUUGAGGCUUAUAAAUACAUUGAAGACAUUCUUCUAAAGGUGGCAGCACAAGUUGACAGUGGCCCCUGUGUGACUUAUAUUGGCAAAGGAGGCUCUGGUAACUUUGUUAAGAUGGUUCACAAUGGGAUUGAAUAUGGUGAUAUGCAGUUGAUAGCAGAGGCUUAUGAUGUUCUCAAAUCAGUUGGAAAGUUGUCAAAUGAGGAACUGCAAAAUGUUUUCUCUGAAUGGAACAAGGGGGAACUUCUUAGCUUCUUGAUUGAGAUCACUGGAGAUAUUUUUGGAAUUAAGGAUGACAAGGGCGAUGGGUAUUUGGUUGACAAAGUUCUGGACAAAACUGGCAUGAAGGGUACUGGUAAAUGGACUGUACAACAGGCUGCUGAACUGUCAGUUGCAGCUCCUACAAUUGCAUCUUCUUUGGAUGCAAGAUUCCUUAGCGGCUUAAAGGAGGAAAGAGUUGAAGCUGCCAAAGUCUUCAAAUCUGGUGGCUUUGGUGAUAUCUUAGCUGACCAGGAGGUUGACAAGGCAAAAUUGAUCGAUGAUGUGAGGCAGGCUCUUUAUGCAUCCAAGAUAUGUAGUUAUGCACAAGGGAUGAAUCUGAUCCGUGCUAAGAGCAUUGAGAAAGGGUGGGACUUAAAGUUGGGAGAAUUGGCUAGGAUUUGGAAGGGAGGUUGCAUCAUUAGAGCCAUUUUCCUUGACAGAAUCAAGAAGGCAUAUGAUAGAAAUCCUGAUCUUGCAAACCUUCUUGUGGACGUAGAAUUUGCAAAGGAGAUCAUCGACCGGCAGUCUGCCUGGCGAAGAGUUGUAUGCCUUGCUAUAAACUCAGGUAUUAGCACCCCCGGUAUGUCAUCCAGUCUUGCUUAUUUUGACACUUACAGAAGGGCAAGAUUGCCUGCUAAUCUGGUCCAAGCUCAAAGAGAUUACUUUGGUGCCCAUACAUAUGAAAGAAUUGAUGUAGAAGGAUCUUUCCACACUGAGUGGUUCAAGAUUGCUAAACAGUUAAAGGACUAAAUCUGUUUUCCCAGCAUUCUACUUAAUCGAACCUCUCCUUUCUCCUAAUAAUUUCUGCACCAAGACUUGAUGCUGGCAGAUCUUACAGCCAAUUCGACUUGGUGAAAAUUUAUAAGAAAUAAAUUUUUCAGAUUUCCCUUGAUUGAUAGAGUUUAUCCUAGUUUUGCUUGUUUUGAUUGUGCUUUAGCUGAUCUCUUGCUUUUUGUACUGCCAUUUGCUUUUAGGGUUAUAUUGAUUCAGUCAAAUGCCCCAUUUAUGGUUUUGGAAGAUCUUUGUUAUUUUGUGUUGGGGUGUGGUGCUGUACAAUGUAACAUUUGAAGAUGGAAAUUAUCAUGAAAAAAACUCUUUUUAAUUUUA